AUGGGCCAAGCGAUAGUCGACUUUGUCGCUUGCUUAUUCAUGCCUGUUUUCAUCAUCAGCAACGGUUUCCCGAAACUGAUUACGACAGGUUUGUGUCGGAUGUUACCACUUACAGGAGAGGCACCCGCCUUUGUGUCCCUUUUCCUCACCAUGGUAAUCAGCAUCGAUCGCUACAUGGCCGUGUGUCAUCCUCUACGACGUCGAAUGACGGUGCGUAUGACCAUUGUAUUAGUUACUGUGUUUGUGGUCGUCAGCAUCGCGUUUAAGAUUCCGCUUGCCCUCUUGGCUGAAGACAACCAGAUACAACUCCCUCUACGACGAACCCUCGCUGAACCACAUCACUCACCAGCGUCAUCGCCCAAAAGAUCUCUUUUUAGGCGUCGUGGUACGAAUCAACCAAAGGUACUCAGGAAGAAGCAGGAAGCUGACUAUGGAAGGAAAACAACGCGCAUGCUCCUCAUUAUAUCGAUAUUCCUCUUCCUCACCUGGACUCCAAGCAUGAUCAUCCCCAUCAUCCCCCGUUCCAUAAUUUCUGACAGAAGGCACAUUCCAGAAUUCCGCACCUUUCUUGACAUUCUAAUCGCUCUCAAGCUCACUAACCACAUCGUCAACUUCUUCGUCUACUAUUGGGUCAGCAACAGUUUCAGAAGAGACGUGAAGGAGUCGUUUAAGAAAUACCGAGGCAGAGAAUAG